AUGACUAGUUCAACUGACCCAUCACUUGGUCAUGAUGCUCGCACGUAUUAUAACAGUCCACAGCAGCAGGGUUUAGAUCAACGUAAUGAAAGUAAAAUUUUAUAUAUGCGUAACUUUAACAAUUGGAUCAAAAGUCUAUCAAUCAAUGAAUAUUUACAACGUCUUAGAAACGAACAACCUGAUCGAAGUAAUAAGAUUCAUGUAUUUGAUAUGGGUUGUGGUAAAGGCGGCGAUCAACUUAAAUGGCAAGUUGGUCGUGUUAAUUUUGUUACUUUUGUUGAUCUUGCUGAAAAUUCAGUUGAAAUAUGCAAACAACGUUAUUACGAGAGACAGAAAAAAUGCAAUUAUAAUGCAGAUUUCUUCCCACUUGAUUGCACUAAAGAACUUAUUCGAGAUAAACUUAAAACUACUGAACCAUGUUUUGAUCUAGUCAGUACACAAUUUGUUCUUCAUUAUGCAUUCGAGAAAUUGAAAUCAGCCGAUCAAUUUCUACGUAAUGCUGCUGAAUUUUUACGUGUAGGUGGCUAUUUUAUUGGUACUACUGUGAAUUCAUGCGAAUUAGUUGAACGUUGUCGUAAUUCACCUAAUCAGAAAAUUUCAAACGAUGUAUUUAGUGUUACAUUCGAUCCUUCUAUUGAUUUGAGUAAAACAAGCAACGAAUCAAUUCCAUUAUUUGGUGCUAAAUAUCAUUUUAGUCUUGAUGAUGUUGUUGAUUGUCCUGAAUAUCUAGUCUAUUUUCCUUUACUGGAAGAAUUGGCAAAAAAACAUGGUCUAAAAAAAGUUGAACGACAAAUAUUUAAAGACUAUUUCAAUAAUAAUAAGGAUACUCGAGAUGGUCGUUUCCUACUAUCGAAAAUGAAUGCUUUAGAGUAUUAUGAACUUCCUCCAAACAAUCCAAAUUAUCAACGAGGACCAAUAAUUGAUCAUACUCGAUAUACACAUGCUGCAAAUUAUAUUAAUGAUAUUAAUACACAACAUCAAGAUUCUAUAAGAAGUUGUCGAACUUUAUCCAAACAAGAAUGGGAUAUGACAAGUCUCUAUAUUAUGUUUGCUUUUCAAAAAAUACAUCAAGUCGAAUAUGAUGAUAAGAAUACUACAGAACAAUGA